AUGGGAACCAAUAAAGAGCGUAUUGAGCAGUUGGAAGAUGGGCUACACAGGAUGGAACUCGGCAUGGCCGAUAGGCUUCGUCAGGUGGAAGAAAAUCUCAACCGCCUCUCCGAUGUCUUGCUUGCAAAUCCGAAGAAUCCCAUCCUGGGCAGCAUCACCAACCGAGAAGGCAAUGGUGGGGGACGGUUGGUGGUAUCUUCCAAAACAGCAAAGCUUGAAUUUCCUCGAUUUUCAGGAGAUGAUCCGACAGAGUGGUUCAAUCGUGUGAACCAAUUUUUUGAGUUCCAAAAUACUCCUGAAGCCCAAAAAGUCUCUUUAGCCUCUUAUCACUUGGAAGGAGAGGCCAACCAAUGGUGGCAGUGGAUUCACAGGACGUUCCAAGAAGAAGGACGAGUUCUCUCGUGGAUGAAUUUUGAAGACGAACUCUGGGCUCAUUUUGGGCCUUCGGAGUGCGAAGAUUUUGAUGAAGCCCUUUCACGAAUAAGGCAGGUGGGUUCUUUGCGUGAUUACCAAAGGGAAUUCGAGCGCUUGGGCAAUCAAGUACAAGGAUGGACGCAAAGAGCUCUUGUAGGAACUUUUAUGGGUGGCUUAAGGCCGGACAUCUCGGAUGGUAUACAGAUGUUUAAGCCCCAGACAUUAAAAGAAGCCAUCAGUUUAGCAAGAAUGAAGGAUGAUCAACUUGCUAGACAAAGGAGGUUUGGAAGGCUUGCACCACCAACGCGAGCUCCUCUAACUCUUCCCCCUACUCAACUAGCAACACCACCAGCCCCUGCCGCUUCUGUGCGGCGACUUUCUUGGGAAAAAAUGCAGCGGAGACGAGCCCAAAACUUAUGUUUCAAUUGUAAUGAUCGUUUUACUACAGGACACAAAUGUCUGGGACCACGAAUACUCCUGUUGGAAGGUUACGAGGAUAACGACGACCUGUUGUGUGACGAGGUCACCGAAGAACAGCCAGCUGGACAGAAUCAUGAAGGAUCUCCUGGACCCGAAAUUACACUACAUGCAUUAAUGGGAUGGACUGUGCCCAAAACCAUGCGGAUCGCUACUAGAAUCGGUGCCCACGAUGUUGUCGUUUUAAUCGAUAGCGGAUCAACUCACAACUUCAUUAGUGAGUGUAUGGCCAAUCUGCUGCGUCUACCAGUGGUGCUUACAAAAAGUUUCAAGGUUCGAGUGGCUAAUGGAGAAAAUCUAAGAUGCCAAGGGAGGUUUGAAGAGGUACAAAUCAAUUUGCAGGGCACCAUUUUUUCUUUAACCCUUUAUUCCUUACCUCUCACAGGGUUGGACAUAGUUUUGGGAAUUCAAUGGCUUGAGCUACUUGGUUCUGUGGUGUGUGAUUGGAGGGAGUUAACCAUGGAAUUCAUGUGGGAAAACCAGACCAAGAAAUUGGUAGGCAUCGAUGGGCAACAUAUCCAAGCGGCAUCAAUCGAAGAGUUGACUAAAGAAAUUCGUCCUAGCCAUGCUCAAUUUGCUCUAUGCCUACAAGUUGCCCAUACAGAACCACAACAAAAUAUUCAUUCAAGCAUGCGGGAGAUAUUGCAGGAAUUCUCAGAUUUGUUCAUAGAGCCCUCGAGCUUACCACUAACACGGGAGGUUGACCAUAGCAUUGCCCUAAAGGAAGGCACCGAACCGAUUAAUGUUUGGCCUUACAGGUAUGCACAUUAUCAGAAGAACAAGAUCGAGAAGCAGAUUAUCACGCACUCAACGCCGCAACCAUUAAAGAUCUUUCCGAUUCCCACCGUGGAUGAUAUGUUGGAUGAGCUCUACGGUGCUUCUUAUUUUACCAAGCUUGAUCUGCGAGCAGGAUACCAUCAGACCUUCGAGAUACUGAGGCAACACAGAUUCUUUGUUAAAGCUAGCAAGUGUGCAUUUGGACAACAAGAAUUGGAGUACUUGGGGCAUAUCAUCACUAGAAAGGGCGUGAAGGUGGAUGAAAAUAAAAUUGCUGCUAUGGUAGCUUGGCCUCGACCUACUAACAUUUCGGAACUACGUGGGUUUCUAGGUUUAAUAGGGUAUUACCAGAAGUUCGUCAAAGAUUACGGCAUUAUAGCUCGGCCUCUCACCAAUCUUCUCAAAAAAGGCCAAUUCGGAUGGCACGGAGAAGCUGAAACCGCCUUUCUUGCUCUCAAAUAG